CUUGCACAAUGCUGGAUGCAUAGAGGCCAGCCCCACACCUCAACCACGAAAGGCAGCACGAGGGGCUGGCAGGGACUCGGGACUCCCACGGCUCCUCGGCGCAUCCAGGAUUUCGGCGAGACCUUAGUGGAAAGGUCAGGCCUCGCCCCUAUCGCUGUGCAGCAGCAGGUGCAUCACCACCACUAUGCAGCGCUGCUCCACCCCCGAUCGGGUCCCAAGUCAGUAGAUGCUCACAGUGUCGAUGCAAUUGAAAACCCAACCCCACUAGCCGCAGUAGGAAACGGAACCGGAACUGUGCGACAGGACGCACUCCUCUCGGGCUUCUCCCCCACCCACUCCACACGUCGUGAGGUCUCGGCGUGGGAUUCGAGCUCUAGGUCUUCGUUGCCUGCCGUUCUACCCCUGUGGAUGGGAGUGCUCCGCUGCUGGGUGCUACCGUGAGGGUUUGCGGGUUGACAGUGAGAGCGGCAAUUCGAUGGUUUGAAUCGUGAGACUUGGAGGAUGGUGUAAGAUGGGAUCCGCAUCAGUUGAUCUCCCCUGCUUUUCGACGAGUAUCGAUAAUUCGUUAUCUGUUCCGUACGUUGGGUUGCGUUGCCGGUCGGGCCACGUUACGGUGAAGGGCGGGGGUAUUCGGCAUUCUUAAGUGCCCUGUUGAUUGGUGCAUGGUAAGCCGGCACACGACAUCGCCGUGGUCAGAGUUUGUCGGGAAGUGUGUGCUGGGUCGUUGAGGAUCUGAAGUCGUGGAGCUGGAGGCGUGGGGUGGGUAAUAUUGUGAGCGGAAGGUGCGAGGAGCUGGCGCGGAAUCGUGGGGUGAAAUCGUCGGUGGCGCAGCAUUUCAAGACGGGUGGGUCGACGCAAGCCUGCCCCCGCCCUUAGACAGGAGGGGUGGCAUUUUGGACUUCCAUGGCCGGUCGGUGUGAAGAGGUGGAUCUUGAAGCCCAGAGCAGUGACACAUCGCCGUUGCUAAUGGAUCAACUACCCGGUAGUGGAUCAACCACGCCUGCUGAACAUGUGGUUACAAUCCAACCUGUUACUUCCAGCGUUCCUACAAGCUCGUCACACGUUUCAUUUUCGCCAGCGGAGGCGCAACAAGAAAGUCCAAGCUUGGGUAUGUCGAGAAGUCUGUCGGCCAACUCAUUCAGAGGGUUGCCGUCAUUUGCGUCAACCACGUCCAAUUCUUCUUUGAGAUCAGGAAAUACGAGUAGUCAUAGCGCGCGACAGCGACCGAGUCCUUG